AUGGUUAAACUUGAUGAGGUAACAAAUGAGAAGUAUUUUCCGCGUGGUGGAGGUUCUGACAAACCAAAGCCAUCAAAGAACUCAACUUCAGACUUCCAUUCAGCUAAGCAAGGACUAAAAAGAAAAUCAGCUGCGCCAGAACAAAAUGAAGCCAAAAAAGUGAAGGAAGACUCUUCAUGGUUCCCAAAAGUUGAAGAGAACUGCUUUAUCGAUGGACUCACCGGUCUCGGUGUCGUCGCAGAGGUUUUCGAGGAUGGAGUUGUAUUGCAUACAGCAGGAACACAUACUGUCAAAAUCCAUGCUUCUGAAGUAUCAAAGAAGUUUACUGAACUUUUCAACGCAGAGAAAAUUGAAAUGAAAGACGCAUUCCAAGUGGGACAAAUGAUUCCAUUUCGAGUAAUCACUAAGAAAACAAUUGGAGACAAAGGAAAAGCAAAAGCAAGUUGCAAUCCAUCAAAACUCAACAAACAUCUCUCCCCAAACAUGUUGGUCGCUGGUCUUGUAAUCAACACUUCAGUUAUCAGUAUUGAAGAGAAAGGAGCUAUUUUGGAUGUUGGACUGGAUCAAAUGACUGGAUUCAUCGAGAAGUCGCAAUUUCCAGCUUCCGGAUUAAAAGAAGGAUUACCGCUUGUUGUAAGAAUUCUUUCUACAACCUCUCGUGUUAUCAAAGUGACCUCGUUCGUUGAACAAGACAAUCUUAAUAUGGCAACUUGUGAGAAACUUCAACUCAAUCACCUAAUGCCAGGAACAAUUCUUGAAUGCGAACCAACUGGAGAUGCUGUGACAGCUGGAGUCAUCGUUCAUAUUGGAAAUGGAUUGAAAGGAAUCUUGCCACGUCGUAAUCUUCCACCACGUCUCCGUGAGAAUCCAGAGAAACUCGGAAAAGCCAUCCGAGCAGUUGUGAUGUUCUGUCAACAGAAUUCUAAGAUUCUUGUUCUCAACGCGCAUCCAGAUAUUGUCGCAGUUAGCCGUAUCGAGAAGCGUACGUCUUUCGAAGGAAUCUCAAUUGGAGACAAAGUAAAAUGCACUGUUAUUGAUGCUAUUCCAACAAAAAGCAUUGUUUAUUUCACUCUUCCACCAACUGAUGGAAAGAAAUCGCUUGUAACUGCAGUAUCAUCACGUGGCCUUCUAGAGAAGCCUGACGCAGUUGCUUCCGAAUAUGAAGUUGGAACAGAGAAACUUUGCCGAGUCAUUGGUUUCCGUUAUGCUGACCGAACAAUUACUGUCUCUACAAGAAAGGACAUUCUCAAUCAGAAAAUCACUACUUAUCAGGAUGCAAAAUGCGGAGAUAUUCUCGAUGGUAGAGUUCACCAUGUGACAAAAAGUGGUGUCUACUUUAUGGUGUGUAACUUCGUGAAAGCGUUCGCCCCGUUGAGUUUGCUCUCGGAUAAACCACUCACUGUCCCAAAAAUCAAAAGUAUGUUCAAAGUGGGAACGGAAAUGAAAUGUCGUGUUUGGCAAAUUUGUGAGCAACGGAAGAAUCUGAUUGUCACUUGUCGCGAACAAAUUCUUGCUCUGAAAGGAACAUCUGCGAACACCGUAGAGGAAUUAGAAAUCGGAAACACACUUCCCUGUGUCGUCAGAAAAGUCUUUGAUUCUGGAGUGAUUCUUCUCGCUACGUUCAAUAAUAUUUCGGGAGUUCUCCGAAAAGAGUCUGCGAUUCACUUGCCGGCAACACCGAAAGUGAAUGAUUUCGUUAUCGUUAAUGUGGAAAAAAUCGAAGAGAACAAUCGAGUCAUUUUUGUUCUUCGUGAUGCUAACAUGAAUGCAGCAUUGGCAUCUGGACAGAACUCUGAGAAAAAAUUGGUCCAAAAAGCGAAACCAGCAGAUGCAGGAGUUGGAGUCGGAAAGGUGUACAAGGGAUCACUAUCAGCAAAGAAGGGAGAGAAAGCAAACGUCACUUUUAUGGGAGACGGCAAUAAGGAGGUCUAUGCUUCUGUCGAUGAUCAUCUUCUCUCCGAUCUUCUCGAGGCUCCAGUUGGACUCACAAAACGAUUGCUUAUGGAGAACAAGGAAGAGAUUAGUAGAAUCAUUCCAAUGGGAAAAAUGGCUGCAAUCAAUAGAGCAUGUGUGAAAAGAUCUGUGACUCGUUUUGCGAAAGGAAUGAAAUUGCCAAAGAAGUUCGAAGAUUUGAAAGAAGAGCAAGUGGUAUUAGGAGUCGUUGGACAGAUCAUCACAAACAUCGGAGUGUUUGUUGAACUUGUUGGUGGAAGUGGACUUGUUGGAAAAGUUUUUGAGAGAAAAACUGCCAAGAGCACAUGUGAACUUCUCGAAGUCGGUCAAGUCAUCAUCGGAAAAAUUGAGAACAUUGAUUCUACGAAAAAGAGUUUCUGGAUUGAUCCAUGUACCGAUAUGGAAAAUGGAGAACGAAUGCUUAAACAGUACGCACUUCCUCUUUUGGAAUCAAUUGUUGAAGAAGUGAAGUGGCUUGCCGAGCACUCAAAUUAUCCAUCACCGGGUUCAAAAGUCGAUGCUAAGAUCACAAAAGAACUUGAUGACUUAACACUUGCUGAGUUCGAGCAUAACGGAAAGAAGAUUUCUGCAGUUGUCCCAAAGAAGGCUGGAGAAAAAGAAGUGGCUGAGAAAACUCCUAAGAAAAAGAAGAAGUCUGCGAAAUCAUUCAUUGUAGUUGACAUCAAUCAUUCGAGAAAUGAAGUCAUUCUUGCUGCUGCUACAACUUCCGAGGAAGCUCGAAUUGUUGCAAUUCGUCGUGAUUAUCUUUGUGCAAUCUCUUCUGAUGGUCUUAUCUAUCUACCAACUAGACUUCAUCCAAAUCAUCUUCCAAUAUCUGAUCCGAAAGUUAAAGUUCAUAUGAUUGUUGAUCUGAGCAACAAGAAAUCAAUUGGUGAUGGUGUCUUUAUUGCAACCGGAGGUGGUGGUGAUGUUGAUGAUGUCGCAAGAACUACACUCAUCAAGAAAGAAUUUAUUGGAAACCCGAAAAAAGAGAAGAAGACUGAAGACGGUUCUGAGGAAGGAAAAGUCAGGAGCAUCAAAAACUUCGGUGUCUAUGAAGGAACCGUCAUCGGACAUGCGAAACUUGAAGAAAAUCGCAAGAGAAACUCAUUGUUCGUAGAUAUUCGCCUUCCUGGCGACAAUGUUGGACGUCUCCAUGUUUCGGAGUUCCCACCAAAUCUUCUGAAUUCGGAAAAUCCACUCGAAGAGUUCCUAACUCGCAACGUGAACAAGAAAGUCAUCGUUCGUAUUAUUGGUUUCAUCAAAAGUGCCAAAGGACCGAAAAUCGCGGAACUUACCAUGAUUCCAUCGAAAAUUCAAGCCGGAAAAGUUCGUGCUGCUACUCUCUCCUAUAAAUCCAACUACUCGGUCGGUGACAUGAUCAAAUGCUUCGGAACAGCGACAUUAACCGAAAAACAACAGCUGAAAGUAGAAGUGAAUCCAGUUUGGAUCGGGUCAAUCUCUCGUGAAAAUGUCUCGGAGGAUCUGAAAAUUACUGCUGCUGAUGGUGGAAUUGUUGACUUUUCACUCAAAAAAGGAGAAAUGCGCCAAGCAAAAGUUAUCGCUGUUGACAGGAAAAGCAUGUCAAUGACUUUAACACUAGAUACCUCUGAAGUUGAAUCGGAAUUCAAAAUUGGUUCAACUGUCACUGGACGUGUCUUCUUUGUUAGCAAAACAUACAUUCGUCUGAAGCUCUCUACUGGACAACAAGCUGUUUUGACACCAACUGCAAUUACAGAUAAAUAUGAAAGUGUUGAAGAAGUUGUUGAGAAACAAAUGGCAGUUGGACAAUUGGUCGAUGUCGUUUGUGCUAAGAUUCAAGACAAACCAAAGCGUCAUUAUGUGGUUCUCAAAAGCCGUUACAACUCAAAAACUACAAAUGAGAAGAGAAAAUUGAUCCUCGACAAUAAGUUGAUCAAAGAAGGGUCUCAGUUUGAUGGAAUUGUGGAGAACGCUUCAAAGGGAUCACUUUUCAUCGAAAUAGGUCCAGGAAUUUCUGGAAGAAUUCCGGUUAAUGAGGAGAAUCAGGAUGUCUUGGAAAUCGGCACCAGCAGUGUGGUUCGUGUAACUGUCGCUAAAGUCCACAAAAAUGAGAUUAUCUUGAAACUCGACGAUACUCUCAUCAGAAAAUGGACUACUAAGCCAGAAAGAAAAAGAACUUCUUCGAAAAGUGAUGGUGUUCCAUCGAAGGUUGCUCUGCUCGAAGAGGAGAAGACAUCUGAAACUUUGGAAGCUGAAGAUCCAGGAUUUGAUUGGUCGAACAAGGGAUUCAGAAAUGAAGAUCUGGCGGCUGUUGGAAAAUUGACAAGCAGUAAUGAAAAGGAAGAGGAAGAAGAUGUUGAAGAUGAAGAGGAAGAUGUCAGUGAUGAGGAAGAAGAAGAAGGUGCUUCUGAUGAAGAAGAAGUUGACGAUGAGGAGGAAGAGGUGAAUGAUGAAGAAGACGAGGAAUCUGAUGAUGACGAGGAGAAGGUUGAUUUGAUUGAAAAGUCUGAAGAAGAACAUUCCCGCCUUGUUCGCAGUGAUCCAAAUUCUGCAAUCAACUGGAUCGAGUAUAUGAGUCUAUUUGUCGAGAAAUCUGACUUGACAGCUGCAAGGAAGACUGCGGAAGAAGCUCUUGAAGCCAUUAAUCCAACUGAAUCCGAAGAACUUCUGAAAAUGUGGACUGCAUUCCUGAACAUGGAAGUCGCAUAUGGAGACUCUACAACCGUUGAGAAAGUGUUCCAGCGUGCCUGCAAAAACGCCAACGCGUAUACAAUCCACAAAACUCUUGCCAAAAUUCAUCAAAAGUUCGAAAAGAAUGCGGAAGCUACUCAAAUUUUGGAGCAGAUGGUCAAGAAGUUCCGUGCUAACAAAUUGGAAGUUUGGACUCUGCUCGCCGAGCACUUGAUGACUCAAAAGGACCAGAAAGCGGCGAGAGAUCUUCUCCCGAGGGCAUUGAAAAGUGCUCCAAACGCACAACAGCAUAUCCAACUCAUUUCCAAAUUCGCUCAACUGGAAUUCAAAUUCGGUGAUGCUGAACGUGGAAGAACUCUUCUCGAAGGACUUGUCACUGCUCACCCCAAAAAGACUGAUCUUUGGCUCGUUUAUGCUGAUGCUGCACUCAAACAUCUUGGCAUUGAGCACGCUCGUAAAAUUCUCGAGAGAGCCUGUAAUCUCGAGAUGUCUGUUCAUAAAAUGAGACCAUUGUACAAGAAAUGGUUGGAGAUGGAAAGCAAGCAUGGAGAUGCUGCAGCUGUCCAGUUGGUUAAAUCAAAAGCUGAAAAGUUUUUGCAAGCUGUUGCUGACAAUGUGUUGGAAGAGGACAAUUAA